AUGACGGAUCGGGAAGUUGCUCAUGAAGCGCUAUUGGCUAGACAUAGACAAGAGAACAAGGAACUCAUUGCCAAAACCACUGCUUUAAAAAAGACAAUUGCCAAAGGAGCAUCAGGAAAGGCACAGAAGAAACAGGUUCAGGAUCAAAUUGCUCAAUUGCAGAAUGAACAGGCUGAGCGUCAUUCUCAAGAAAUUGCUGCCGAUACCGCCAUUUUAGAUGGUGAUAUUCAAUGUGAAUCUGAAAAGGAAAGAAAGGCUGCCAAAUGGGAAGAUAUGCGAUUAGAAGCUGAAGCUGAAGCAGCAAAUGCGCCUAAUUUUAGAGCGAUCGAGCAAGCUGCGAUGGACCAAGUUAUUUCAAAAAUGGGUUUGACCAUCAAACAAAUUGCGCCAGAUGGACACUGUCUGUAUAAUGCAAUUGCAGACCAACUUCUUUUGGUAGAUUCACAGUCAUCAUGGAACUAUCGGAAUCUAAGAGAAUUGGCAUCCACUUACAUGUUGAAUCAUCGUGACGAGUUUAUCAAUUUUCUAGCCACAGAUGACGGAAACGUGUAUACAAAUGAAGAGUUUGAUGAAUACUGUCGUAAAAUAUGUGAUGAAGCAGUAUGGGGCGGACAACUGGAGAUUCAAGCGCUUUCGCAAGCUCUGCAGCAUCCAAUCCAUAUUGUACAAAGUGGAUCACCAACUCUAGAAAUUGGUGAAAAAACAAAGAAUACUAAACCAUUGAUCGUGUCGUAUCAUCGCAAGGCUUAUGGACUUGGAGCACAUUACAAUUCUUUGGUGGAAAUAUAA